CUUUUCCCCUCAACGCCAAGGCGCCAUAACCGGCAUCUCCGGUUUUGCGUUAUCUCUUCGCCCACAAUAUUAUCUCUAUCUCCCCCUCUCAGCGAGCUUUCCCGACACACUUUCCGAUCCCUGUAUUCGAUCCUCUGCUCUCCGCUGUUGUUAAAGGUUUUUUAUUUAGAUGGCGAGUAAUGAAAACAAGGAGUCAGAUGCCCGUGGAAAUGAGUGGGAGGUUGUUUCACUUACUGCAUCUGAAUAUGCUGCUGGUGAUGGGCUUAAAGGCUGUGAAGAGUAUGAAGCUGAAACUUCUAGUGCAUUGUUUAUGUCUCGUCACUUUGCCUUUCCCCCAUCAACCCAGCUUGAGUAUUUGCAACCGCAACCAGGAAAGAGUGAGAUUCUCAUUGAAAAGGCGGUUGAAAGGGAUGAAUUUGUGUCUACAGAUGGUGGUGGUAGGACAGAUGAAAAGACUGAAGAGCAUCUGAAAAGUAAAGAGGCUGACUUUCCUGGGAUGCAUAUUUUUUAUGAAACAGGUGAUUUAGCUCAUGGUGAAGCAGAAGUUAUAGGUGCCACAACUCCGGAAGGGUCAGAUUGGGUAGAUAAGGAACCAAAGCUAUAUGACACUGGAGCCCAUAGUAGUUCCUUGCAAGCAACUAUUGCUUGUAGUGCCACAAGCAAUGACACAUUAUCAGAAUCAGUUCCUCAGCAGGCAGACAUUUCAGGUUUUCCAAAUGAGAAGAAGCAUGAUGGGGAUGACCACCUUCCCUGUCAAGCUUGGUGGAAACGACAAUCUGCAUCCCUGAUUGCUCAUGCUAAGGAGGCAAACACAUUUUGGUCGGUUUUCAUUGCGGCAGCUGUAAUGGGCCUUGUCAUAAUUGGUCAAUGUUGGCAGCAUGAGAGGUGGCUGCAGUUGAAGUGGCAGAAUCUUGGAGGUGUCCAUGAUGAGAAAAUAUGCAGGAUGGUGGGUCCUCUAUCCCGGAUCAGAAAUGCAAUCAUUGGAGGUGAUCGUCGAGGUUCCUUCAUCCGAGGUAGUGCCUCUACACAACAUUAAGAUGAUGACGAAAAAAGAUUGGGCACACUUUGUGUGGUAUUGCAAAGCUUGCCCUUAAUGUGUAAUACGUCGUAUAUAAAUUAAAGUCAUGCUGGUAUUAUUAUAUUGGUCACUUUUGUUACUGGGAUGAAUUGUACGAUUAAUACUUCAGGAUUAAUACAUGUAAACACAAGUCAUGCAGUCAUGCUGGCAUUAUUAUAUUGGUCACUUCUGUUACUGAGAUGAAUUAUACUUGGGGAUGAAACUUCAUAUCACUUUUUUUUUUCACUUGCAUUGUCAUCUCCAUCUGAAUGC